GGAUGGUGCUGGAGGCGGCGGCGGCGGCCGUGGUGGCGGCGGCGUCGUUGGCGGCAGCGGGAGGGGGUGCUGUGGCGGCAGCGGCGGCGGCGCCCGCGGGUGGUGUAAAAUGGCGGAUUUCGAGGAGUUGAGGAAUAUGGUUUCUAGCUUUAGGGUUUCUGAACUACAAGUGUUACUAGGCUUUGCUGGACGGAAUAAAAGUGGACGCAAACAUGACCUCCUGAUGAGGGCGUUGCAUUUAUUGAAGAGUGGCUGCAGCCCUGCGGUUCAGAUUAAAAUCCGAGAAUUGUACAGACGCCGAUACCCACGGACUCUUGAAGGACUUUCUGAUUUAUCCACAAUCAAAUCUUCAGUUUUCAAUUUGGAUGGUAGCUCAUCACCUGUAGAACCUGACUUGGCUGUGGCUGGAAUCCACGCGCUGCCUUCCACCUCAGUUACGCCUCACUCACCAUCCUCUCCUGUUGGUUCUGUGCUGCUUCAAGACACUAAGCCCACGUUUGAGAUGCAGCAGCCGUCUCCCCCAAUUCCUCCUGUCCAUCCUGACGUGCAGUUAAAAAACUUGCCCUUUUAUGAUGUCCUUGAUGUUCUCAUCAAGCCCACGAGUUUAGUUCAAAGCAGUAUUCAGCGAUUUCAAGAGAAGUUUUUUAUUUUUGCUCUGACACCUCAGCAAGUUAGAGAGAUAUGCAUAUCCAGGGAUUUUUUGCCAGGUGGUAGGAGAGAUUAUACAGUCCAGGUUCAGUUGAGACUUUGCCUGGCAGAAACAAGUUGCCCUCAAGAAGACAACUAUCCCAAUAGUCUAUGUAUAAAAGUAAAUGGGAAGCUGUUUCCUUUGCCUGGUUAUGCACCACCACCUAAAAAUGGGAUUGAACAGAAGCGCCCUGGACGCCCUUUGAAUAUUACAUCUUUAGUUAGGUUAUCUUCAGCUGUGCCAAACCAGAUCUCCAUUUCUUGGGCAUCAGAAAUCGGAAAGAAUUACUCCAUGUCUGUAUAUCUUGUACGACAGCUCACAUCAGCCAUGUUAUUACAGAGAUUAAAAAUGAAAGGUAUUAGAAACCCUGAUCAUUCCAGAGCACUAAUUAAAGAAAAACUUACUGCAGAUCCUGAUAGUGAAAUUGCUACAACUAGCCUUCGGGUAUCCUUGAUGUGCCCUUUAGGGAAAAUGAGGCUGACAAUCCCAUGCCGUGCAGUGACUUGUACACAUCUACAAUGUUUUGAUGCUGCCCUUUAUCUGCAAAUGAAUGAGAAGAAGCCCACCUGGAUCUGUCCUGUGUGUGACAAAAAAGCUGCCUAUGAAAGUCUAAUUUUAGAUGGGCUUUUUAUGGAAAUUCUCAAUGACUGUUCUGAUGUGGAUGAGAUCAAAUUCCAAGAGGAUGGCACUUGGUGUCCAAUGAGACCGAAGAAAGAAGCUAUGAAAGUGUCCAGCCAGCCAUGUACAAAAAUAGAAAGUUCAAGUGUCCUCAGUAAGCCUUGUUCAGUGACUGUAGCCAAUGAGACAAGCAAGAAAAAAGUGGAUGUUAUUGACCUAACGAUAGAAAGCUCUUCUGAUGAAGAGGAAGACCCUCCUGCCAAAAGGAAAUGCAUCUUUAUGUCAGAAACACAAAGCAGCCCAACCAAAGGGGUUCUCAUGUAUCAGCCAUCUUCUGUAAGGGUGCCCAGUGUGACUUCGGUUGAUCCUGCUGCUAUUCCGCCUUCAUUAACAGACUACUCAGUACCAUUCCACCACACGCCAAUAUCAAGCAUGUCAUCAGAUUUGCCAGGUUUGGAUUUUCUUUCCCUUAUUCCAGUUGAUCCCCAGGCUCCAUUUUGGGCUUUCUGAGCUCCCCAAAGCAAGUAGGAUCUCCUGAGCCAAAGGCAGUCCAACCCAAACUGGAAAAGUGGUAAGGCUGACCAGCAAAAGCAGCGCCAAGCUUUGCUUUUUUCACAUUGUAUUCUUUUGUGUUUCCAGUGGCAUCUUGGUGUUCUAAAAGGCAGCCCUGUGGCAAAAAAAACCAAAAAACUGAAAAUGAGGUUGUUAUCUCAGAUGUUCAAGUUGUAUUAUUUUCUUGAUUGGCAUGCCACAUAAUUUCCUAGACUGCUUUUAUUUCAGAAUGGCUUUUAAAGCUUCUUCACUCUGUGUUCUCAAAGCUUAUCUCUUUUAAGUAAUAUUUAUUAAAACUAUUGGAAUAUUCAGUAUGUCUUAUCAAUGUGUGUGUAGGAUAGAGUAGAAUACAAGAUGUGGUCCCAGGCUUUCAAGGACUCCUGAUCAGCUUUUCAAAAACCAAGAGUUCUUACCUACCAACAGGACAUUAUGCUAAGAAUUUUACCAAAAUAUUUCAUUCCUUACAAUAGCCUUUAAAGGAGAGUGGUAUGGUUCUCAUUUUAAAGAUGAAGGAACAGAUUGUAGGUAAGUUUUUCCGUGGACUUGGGAAUCUGAAACAGACCUUAUCUCAAAAGCUCUCUGACUAAACGGAAAUGGCCUUAACCGGGUAGGCUAUUUGGGCAUCUAGACAUAGAUUGUAAAAACUGAUUUUAGGUGAUGGCCAUGGGAAUAAGGAAGGAGUGGACCCUGGAGCCAUUUCAAAGGAAGACUCAUGCUUCAGUGGCAUGAACAGAUUACAGGAGUGAGGGCUGAGUCCACUUCUCAAGCCCAGGUAAACAGGAUGAUAGUGCUGUUUGGAGACCAGGGGCAUUAGUCAUUUAGGGGAGGCAGUGAGGAGUUUGAUGGGAAGCAGGAGGUUUCUGAAGCCCAUGUCUGUUACUCUGCAGUCUGAAGAUGUGCAGCCUGCCUUCGUUGUCUUUCACCGGUCUCCAUUCUGUAGAUCUCGUCAUUCCCAGGUGCCUAUCCACUCUCUUUGCUAAGCCAUGCUCGCCGUGUCUCCACCUUUUCUCUGGAUUUUUCUCUUCACUGCCUUGUCACCUGAAGUCUGGCACCCCCUGCACCUCUCACCAGUGUGGGCUGUGUUCACAUUCCACAUAACUUAAGUGGACGGGUAGCUGCCCGUCCUCUAUUGCAGUUUGUAAGUGAUUUCUCCCAAGGCCUCCGACUGAAGUCUGCCCCAUUUGCAGGCUGUACUGCUGCUUCUGCUCUUGCUAAGUCACCUGAACACAUCCUUGGAUUUGCUGAAGGACUUCACUUCCUGACUCGGUGUUUCUUGCCAUCUCUAACUUUGUAGAGUUAGAGAUUCUUGGUCUCCAACACUUUGAUGGUUAAUCCAUCCAACAAUCUAGCUUGUGAGAUUUUUGGUUACCUCCAAUACUUGUUCGCACCAAAAUGCCCAGCCACUAUUUCACCCUUUGUGUUUUCUCUGUACUUCUUGUUCAUCUUAGACUGCUCCAUUAUUACAGCCUUGAAUGUAUCCCCAGAUCCCUCCUUCAGGGUUUCCCAUCUAUCCUUUGAUUUGGUAUCGCAUGCUGCUUUUGCCCAUUCUUGUCCAUUAUUACAAAUGCACUCCUCAAACCAUGCCUGUCUCCGCAGAAGACUUUGCUUCCUAAUGCACUCAGAAAAUCCAGUUUGUCAGCAUUAUUUCUCUCCACAUGUGCUCAUCUUCAUUCUCCUUCAUUCCAGUCUCCGAGGAUGAGGUGGGCCCAGAGGCCAAGACAGCCACAUGGGCUUUUGACUUGUCUCCUGUCCUCUUCAGGACCUUUCUCCAUCACACUCCCUCAUUCCUGCAUGUCUUUCACCUCUCCUGCUGCUUUUGGCUUAUAGAAGUCUCAGCAAAUAUUAGAUCCUGCUACAUGCCAGGCAUCAUAUCAGGCAUUCAGAACACGAAAUAGAUAAAUACCUACCUUCACCGAAGUUGUACUUCAGUAGAAUAAAGAUGAGUGAGAUAGGGAGAUGACAGUGCAGUGGUAAAAGGCAAAAUAGAGGGUGCUAGGGUAGCACAUAGAUGAGGCAGUUGAUUCCAUGGAAGUGUCCUAUGAGUAGGACCAUGGGAGUUGAUUAGUUGUCAAGAGAACUGAAAAUGUUCAGAAUAGCUGGACUUUGGUUAAGGAAUGUGAAGUAUGUAAGAAAUGACAAAGGGCCUUAUAUGGCAAUGAGAAGGGCCUGAGGGGUUCUCAUGAUCAUUAACAGUUAAUGAGCAGCAUUGGUUAACUUUGGUAUGAUUGUCUCCAUUUUACAAAUGUGGAAACAUCAUGAGAGGGUGAGUGACUUGCCUGUGGUCAUGCAGCUUGUAAGUGGGUAGACAGGCUUCAAAUCCAGCUUUCCACCACCUAAGGCCAUCCAUGAUCAUUCUAUCUAAAAAGUAGGUAUUUCCUAACUAUCCUUAUCACUGUUUAUAUUUCUAUAUGGCACUUACCAUAACCUGUGUUUAUUUUAUGUGUUGCUUGCUGUGUAUUGUCUGUUUCUCUUACUAGAUUGUAAGCUCCAUGAGGGCAGGUGUGAUCUCAUUUCAUGUGCAUCCCGGAGCCUAACAAGGUGUGUGGUGCAUAGUAGGUGCUCAAUAAAUAUUUGUAAAUGAAGAAA